UUUGGAAGAAAUGAACAGACUUACAACUUGUUUUGCAUCUUUUCUUGAAUUUCUGAUGUAGUUUUUCAAGAGAGGACCUCAUUGCAUGAUCCAGAAGAUCGCAUAGAUUAUGUUCCCUCAAGUUAACAGCAAUCGUUUAUAGAGAAAGAAUCUUCAAGAUGUCGAAUUUACCAGGAUUUGACACGUUCUUGAGCACCCAUGCUCAAUCCCUGCCGAAUAUGCCAUGUCCACUAACGAGGACCAUCAGUCCAGAGCUGUCACAAGCACCAGCUCAGGAUGUAGUCUACGGAUUGCCUAUACCAGUGGCACCAGGGCCCUAUCCAACUUACGACUUGUCUAACAUGCAAAGUUUGGUGUGUUCUCUGAAACAAUCGCCAAGGGGUGAUAGCAACACUCCAGUUGAUAUCACUGAUGGCUCGAUCAAUGUGUCCCAGCCAUUGCAAUCCAAGGUUCCUUCUCGAAUAAACAGUCCUGCUUACGCCUCAAGUGUGCGCUCUGCAUCAAGCUGUAGUAUGGUUUCAGCGGACAGUUAUGCAACUCCUCUGAUGGCACCAGGCUCCGUUGACACAUUGUUUUCACCGGGAGUCAAAACGCAGAAAAGACAAAUGAAUACAAGUUCAGACUCGCUCAGUGCCGUUCUGGAUGAAGUUGCGCAUUCAGAGAUGCCUAUUUCAGACGAAGUUGCAAAAGCGUCUUCGCGGCGAAGAGCAUCUCCAAAGCGAAAAGAACCUCAGAAACCUGCCAAAAAGAGAUAUAAGAAAUAUAAUCCUGCGAAUCUGAAACAGGAGUUGCCAGAGUGUAUGGGAAGUCAAUUUAAACUUGAGUUCAAAGAGAUGAAGCUUGUCUGCUACUGUACCGUUUGUAGGUUGAGUUUGAUGGGUAAACACGAACUCAUGCAGCACGAGUUUGCUCAUGUUAGGAAAUCAAUUGAAGUCAUGGAACGUAACUGUCCCGUUUGGCUUCCCGCUAUUCAUUUCUUGCUCCUGAACCAACAUGGUGUCAUUAGCACGCAUCAACAGUCCGCAAUUUGUCAAGAGUUUGAUACAUUCCUUGAACAUUUCAUCGACGUUCACGCCGAGGAAAAACCUCGUCUCGAUCGCUAUGUUACGAGAAUUAAAGAAAUGUUGCCGGCGUUUCCGAAUGCUGACCCGGCGUGGUAUGCGUUCCGCUGCAUGGAGACUGAUUGUCAUUUCGAAUCGAACAGCGUAGUUAACGUCGCACUGCAUUUUCUCCGUGUUCACAACCCCUUUAUGCCAUAUUGCUGCCUCCUGUGUGGUGAAAAGGCGCUGAUUAUGGCCGACAUGGUCAUGCACAUGCUGCAUACACAUUUCAGUCCUGCCAUCCUGCAGGAAAUUGGAAUCUGGGAAGACAGUGCUAUGUCCCGUCACCUGAAGCUUGUGGCUAAACGGAUGCCUCUGAACUAUCUCAUCGAAGGCUUCACUAACGUUCUGAAAGGUCCCGACAAGGAGAGAAGAUGCAUGCUGUGCUGUAAAUUCUCUCAUAAAGAACCGAAGGCGAUGGUGUCGCACAUCCUGAUUCAUUUUGCCGGUAAGAAUUCCGGUAAGCCAUUUGUCUGUUUGCUCUGUAGUGAUCCGUUCUUCUCAGACGAGGAUCUCAAGGUACACAUUUACACCAACCACCUGUAUGACCAAAACUAUCUCGAUGCUGUGUCGCUUUCGGACAACUUACUUGCAUUGUUAUUCGGGGAAAAUGCUCAGCCGAAAACUCUGGUCCCAGAAAUUGGAAUAACUAAAAAGGAGUCGGAAUCGGAGUACAACUUUUGGAAGUUACAGGAAUUCACGGAGCAGCCUCAUUGUUCUUGUAGCCUCUGUAGCUUCGUUACGAUCGGUCGCGUCUACAAGAAACUCAAAAUUCAGAGUCUUGCCGCGCGACAGGAUGAGGAGCAGCGUGUCGUUCAGGUUGACUUGCUCGAGGAUGAUGCUAAUGACAGCCACUUGAUCGAGGGUACCAAUGCAGACGUCUACACUCCGAUCAUCGAACAGUGGGCGCAGGAUGAAGUGCUGCCAAUACCAUUGAUGGGGGCAGAGACUGGCGAACAGAGUCACACUUUUAUUUCCCAGGAGAUAGUACAAACUGUCGUCACUGAAACUUAUCAAAGUUGUGUUAAAACCGGGAAAGUGGCUGGCCAUUCGGGGUCAGAUGUUUGGCAAGUGUUUCUUGAUAGUAUUUUACCAGCAGACGCCAACAUCGGUGCAGUACAAGUUAAUUCGAAAGACAUUGCUCUGAAAAAAGGUAGUGAAAUUUUGUCGCCAUUCUGCAAUCCGGUGUCAGAAGUUGAAAAUAAGCGCUGCGAUGUUGUUGAUGAAAUUUGCAAUGAUACCUCUGUUGUGUUGCAAAGUCAACAGGGUAUUUCCGAGUCUAAAAGUUCUGAUCUGCUUGACUCGGAAGCUAGUGCGGCUUGCCGUGCACAGGAGCUGGGUGAGGUUAGUCGGUGUCCAUCUCCGCUGUCUGCUCCAAGGCAGAAGUAUCACCCAGACCUACCCACUCAUGAUCAAAUUAUGCCAAAACAUGAAAUUAUAGAAAACGAGCCAAGAAAUCAAGACAAUGGAAAUGAUCUCAACGUCCUGCCAUCCAGUCAAGUUUGUCACAACAAUCAAGCUGAUUAUUGUCCUGCAUCGCCUGCCAGUGUUGCUGAACCGGCUGCAAUAGUUCACACGCCUCAGAAAUCUAGCGUGACGGACUUGCUCGAGAGGAUCGGGACAACCCUUGCCAAUCUGCACCAGAAAGAACCUGUCAAAGUUGUGUGCAAUGGCCAGGAAUCUCCUGCAAUGGUGACGUCUGCUUCUAAGGGUACUUAUGGGAAAAAAACGCCUGCUCACGAGGAUACUGAUGGGGUGCCUCCAGAAAAAUAUUUCAACUCCUCCAAAAACUGUGUCAUGGUUAAAGCUGAACCAAAAGAUUCUGAUUUGGAGGGUAUGGCUGGUAAAGUCUUGUGUUCGGACCAAGAACACAUGAAGAAUUCUGAAUCUAUUCCCCUUGUCAAGUCUUCAAACCUUUCCCGUCAAAUCCAUUUGUUGGCGCCUGAUUUUGUCGAACCAGAAGAUUCUGUGCCAGGGAGUUCUGAUACCGAGUUUGAGCCUUCAUUCAAUGGUUUAGUGUCAGCUACAAGAACUUAUCAGAAUCGUGAAAAAAUCAGGUCCAAAAGUGUUCCAGCCAAAACCAUGCCAAGUCCGCAUGAACUCCGUGACUGUAUAAGUGUUCCAAUGAGUCCCCCAAAGUUCUCUCCCCAGUCUAAAGUGCCGGUAAACAAUUUCCUUACAAAAGAGUUGCAAAUCAAAAUUUCUCCAUUACCGAAAGUCGUGGGAAGUCAUUGUGUAGCUCAGAAUUCAAAAGUCGUCCCUGCUGUACUGGCUAGUCUGAAACAGGCCCCUGUCAAAGACGCAUCAGUUAUCUCUGACUCGACCGUCCGUAAGAGCCCACGAAUCUCAUCACAUUCCAAAAACCAUUUGCCGAUCCUCACUAAACUUCGUGACCGUGAAAAGUCAGGUAUAGUUACGGAGGUUACGAAACAAGUCCAGAAUCUGGUGAAGGAAUAUUUAUCGGAAGCUCGAAUGCGAAAACGCACUGGUGAAGCGAGUGACCCCAAAUCUGAACGUGGGUCGGAAAUCGUACCAAAAAUGUUGGGAAAGGAUAAAACAUCAAUUCGAAUGAUAAGAAAGACUAAAAAUUCAAUUCGAGGAUCUUUUGAAUGUGUAGAAGAAGUGCUGCCAGAGAUAAUGAGAUCUAAUGAUCGAGAGCCACGGGAUAAACGUGAGGCUCCGGAUAUGUUCAACGAUCGCAACGUUCUGUUAGAUAUGAUCACCACGCUUACGAAGGGUAACUUGAAUAAGGAGCGUUUGACGAGAUAUAAUUUAGCCACGCCGAAAUUUACGGCGAUGUUCGACGGGAAAACUUGCACACUCAUGUGCGAUUGUGGCUGUGGUCUAGAAAGUUUGAAUGGGGACCACAGUAAUCUUCUAAAGCAUAUUUGUCAGGGGUCCACCCUCUACACUUGCGGAUUCUGUAGGAGUGUUUCCCGUACUGCCGAAUGUAUACAGACGCAUUUAAUCGAAUCGCACGGCUAUCCUAAAGCUGGUGUCAUCAACGGGUGCCGGAUGUACCACGAUCCGAUGAACAGUCUCAUGACCCAGGUUGUGAAUUUUACGCCCAAGUCCUCGGAUCCCCCACAAUCCUGCUCCCAACGUUCGCCUCCGCUGACCACGGUCCCGAUGGUUGUGGCAUUCUUGCAAGCAGGCGACACGAACAUCAAGAAAAUCUACUGCAGUCGUUGCGGCUCACCGUUCGUCACAUUGCAGUCAGCUUGCCAACAUGUGCUCCAGGUGGAGGGGGCGUCUACUUCCGUUGAGGUUCUUAUCAUUAUGGUCACACAGACGAUCCUGACAGUCACGCCCGAUCCAAAGUUGAGAAUGAUUCCUGUCGUGGUGCUCAGGAAGCUGAAUUAUUCUGUUGCAUAAUAACCUCGCGGAUAUCCCCGGGCAGUUUUUCCCUUGUUUCGUGAGCACUUCUCUUUGAAGAAGGGAGAAGGAAAGGACAUUUAGGGAUGUCAACAAACACAUUGCAAAUUAAGUCAUGACAGAGUUCAUUUGCUGAAAUGAAAUAGAGGAAAUUGUGCUGUACAUUACAAGGCCAACAUUAUUGAGGCUUUGGCUCUUAUCGAUCCCAAUGGGAAGGUCAUAUAUGUUGUUUCCAUGACUUUCAAAAAACCAACCUGAUAUUAUGGUCCAAUCCUGAAAAAAAAUUUUGAGCUAAAUAUUUGUACAUGACGUUGUUUUUACAUGUAUUUUUGUGCUAUGCUUUUACCUUCUCAUUCAAUCUAUAGCCUUUAGUACAUUUUUUUAUUUUUAGGCAUUUUACUUAGCAUUUUAUGACACACUCACGAUAGACUGAUCCACUUGCGUCGCCUGCUUGUAGAUUUCUUCAUCAUUUUUGAAAAUUUAAGAUUUGUAUUCAUUUUGACAAAUGAGUUGGUAUUGAGAUUACAUUAGGCAUUUGGAAUAUCGGCAGUAAUUGAAUUUUGUGAUCGAUAUGAUUUGCCGGUUGUCAUGUGGGAAGUCAAAAAACUUUUUUCAUUGAAGUCAAUUGACAUUUAUUGUGAAUCAAAUUAUACAGAAUAUAAGAGAGUUUGCAGUCAGCAUGUUUUAUGUGCAAUACCCAUUAUGACCUUUUCUCCUGAGAAAUUCUAACUUGGGUAAAACAUUUGUUUUGGAUGUAAGCGAGUUGGCAUAUGAAAGAUGACUAACCUGUUUGCGGCAUUGAAAGAUCUUUGCUCUAUCAUAGCUUUAUUAGCUAGGUGGUUGAUAUAACUGUACACGAAAUACUUUCUACUCUUUGAUACUUGUCAUCAGCAGUUAUUUAAAGGCAGUAUACAUCUGGCCUAUUUGGCCAUAAAUCCUUAUGAGUGCUGAGCUUAAAGAUAGUAUCACUUAGAUAUACCUGGUUUUUCCCAGGUUUCAUAUAAUAUAGAUGCUACUUGAUAAUGAAAGCACUGUGAUCAACUGAGUUGGGUUUAUAAAUGGAAUGUCUGAUCAGGUAGUCUGUGCUGCUGCUUGUAGAUAUGCAGGUGCAGGCCAGAUGUAUACUGCCUUUCAUUAACUGCUGAUAGCAUGUAUACAUGUAAUAAGAGGGACAAAUGUUGUGAUUAUGGUAAUUCUAUUGUUUGCACUUGUACCAUGCAGUAAUACCGGUACUAAAAGUGCUCUGAUUUCACCGAUACAAGAUUGGUUAUCAACAUUCAUUAAUAAGAAGCGGUCGUUGCUGCAACCUACAAUAAAGGUCAAACCUAGAAAUCAUCAGUUUUACCUGCGGAUGAGCAAUCUUUUAAUUGCUCAUCGCAGUGAUAAUUGUUGCAGGUCGCGGCAAUAAAGUUUCAUUUGAUUCUUCAGAGGUGGGCAUUUCAUUUACACCUGACUGUUAGUUUGUUUUGAGUUUUGGUUAAGUCUAUUAUUGUUUAAUGUUUGAACUACUGUAAACCCCCAAUUUUUUUUGCCUUUUAUUUUUGUAGACUUCACAAAUAAGUACGACUGGCGAACAUAAAAAUUGUAAAAAAUAUUUUUCAGUUUGGAAAAUUUAGAGAAAUUUUGUAAUCCGUCAAAAUCUUGGAGAAAUUUUUGCAAUGAGGCACGAAAUGUUGGCAAGGUACAAUAUUGUUUCUUAUGCUGUCGUUUUAAUACCUGUAUGUUCACAAUUGCAAUUGCAUUUGUGUCUCCUGGCCUUCCUCCACAUAAACGUUUGCAAUUUACGCUCAGUCCACAGGCAUUGUGUGAGAUCGUACUCACAAUGACACAGUGAAACUGUUGGCUCAAGUCUGAUGCCUGUAGAAAUCGAGUGUCAAAUUCUGAAACAUGGCGUAGAAUGCAAAAGUGGAGAUAUAUGCCUUUAUUUUACUCGCUUAUUUCUUGAUAGAAAGCAAAGACAUUUUGCUACUGGCCUUUUUCUGGUCGUAUUGUACAUGUACCAAAAAUUAGGUAUUUGUAUUUUUUACACUGUUUUUGUCGUAAAUAAUUGGUGUAAAUCUAUAUUGGUGCAUAAAUUACUAGAUAGCUGAUUGUUUAAGCCCAGUCACAUUUGCAUUUAUUGGGUGUGUUAAACUAAAAAACUGGUCGUUUGCGUUCUUGGCCUGAUUCUUGUUAGAUUCACUAUAAACUGUAAGGUUUGGUGUAAAAGGGGAUGGUAGCACUUGUUGAUAGAUGUUAGGAGUCUCAUAGCCUAGCAGUAAACACGGCUGGCUCACACACAAUACGGCCCGGUUUUGAUCCCGGGGAGAACCCAGGAUUGUAUUUCUGGAUGAACCGGCGUGGCUUUCAAGGAACUAAAAUUCCUGGCUCUUCACAACCUCUAUAAUGUAUGAAUACUCGAAAAGCAUUGGUCCCUUUGUACCUGAGUGUCUAUGACAAGGGAAGUAAAAGAUCCCGCAUAGGUGGACAGAAGCCUGUAGUGGGAGACAUCCCUCCGGCAAAAUCCAAUAGAGUUACGAGGCCAGCGAUAAUAUGAUAUGUUACAGUGUCCAUGUUGACUUGUUUUUAAAUAAUUGUUGUAAAAUUUGAAUGUUGUCAAAUUUUGUUAACAUCACAGUAUACAUGUACAUUUUAAAAAUACUCUUUACUCUUCAUGGCUAUAACUUUUAAAUUUGGAAUAGAUACCAAUAAAUUGAUAUUGUUUACGAUUUGUACAAAAAAUGAUGUGCUGAAUGCAUGAUCAAAAAAAAUCUGCCCUUUCUUUUAAAGGCCUAAUGUAGGGCUUGUAGACUUCCUGUGCAAAAUGGUAGUCUGGAGAUGAAUCAGAAAAUUGACACAAAGAUUCUAGCAAUCUCCUUGUACCAUUGUGGAUGUUGUUUCAGUAGCAUCUUACACAUGUAGACUCCUGUGGCAGUCCAUUUCGUCAUCCUAUUCAUACUAUCAUCGGGUGAGGGACGAGACUGAUCCAUUGCGUCUUGAGUGUACACAUGAUGCAUGAAUCUCAUAUUGCUUGAUCUCGACUCCCAAAGUUUUGAGAUAGCUAAGUCACUGGCUGUUUGUGGAUCCCGAUAGUGGUGACGCAAACCCAUGAGAAUCAGGAUGAUGUCUCUUCUGAUGUCAGAAACUUAGGCUUGAAAACAUGACGUGACAUGACAUGACAUUGGGGUGAAAAGUGACUACAUGUAUGUGAAUCGCUCUAUGUAAACCUGGCCACAUACAUAUGAUCUUUGAGGUCAACAUCGUGCUGGCCCAUCAGUAGCUCCACCUACACUUCAGAUUCUUUUUUUUCUGAAUUUUACUUUUCGCAUGAGAGCCGCCUGUUAGGUCAAAUUGGCCAAUUUGUCUUUAUGCCUGUUAAAAAAAUGUUGUCGGCUUAUGAGAUUUUGCUGACUGAUGAUUAUCUUGCUUUUUUGUUGAAGACAGUGCUCUGCUAAAGAGUAUCUAAUAUGUAAUCAUUGAUAGUAUUUUACUCUAUAUAUGUAAUAUUAGUCGUAGUGGAAGUAGCAUUUUGUCCUUUCUUCGCUGUUACACCUUAAUUCAUUAGAACCAUCCUAUAUCAUGGACAACAAUUGUAUGAAAAUCAUGAUAAAAUUGUAUCGUCAAGCUACACAAAUAUUUUUUAAUAAAUAUGCAUUUACAU